AAAAGCCAAACAGAUUUUUUUAAUCUUUUAUAAAUUUGUCUAAUCUCAUAGUUUUCUUACCUCCAGAUUACUACUUUUGCAAAAUGUCUGCAAGAGCAGUUUUCCAGCUCAGAUGUCAGUUGUUUCGGCUUAUGUCAAGCUGCAACAGCAAUGCUGGAGUUCCACGAUGCAGUUCAUUCAGUCCUUUGCGGUCAAACGGUGUUCCAUGCGCCUUCACCAUUGUAAGGCACCAGAGUCAGGCACAGCUUAAGCCUGUUGAUCCCGAUGCCAAAUUGAAGCAAGAAGAGAAACCCAAACCCGCUCCAGUCGCUAAGAUCGCUGCGGAAGAACCAUUGGCUGCUCCACAAGCGCCAGGCACAGAAAGGGACUAUGCACCGAAAAUCAGGAAGAUCGUGGAUGAUAUUGCGGCAUUAUCCAUUCUGGAAGUCGCCGAUCUCAAUGAAUUGUUGAAGAAAACCUUGAAAAUUCCCGAUCAAGCCUUCAUGUCUGCUGGCGGAUUUGCUCCUGCUCAGGCUGCAGCACCAGCCGCCGAAGAAGAAGAAGCUGUAAAGAAGAAAGAAAAAUCGUCGUUCACUAUAAGAUUGCUUAAAUUCGACGAAGGCAAAAAGGUUCAGUUGAUCAAAGAGAUCAAGGGUUUGAUCGAAGGCAUGAAUCUUGUACAGGCUAAGAAAUAUGUAGAGUCGCUUCCUCAAACUGUCCGGCAAGAUAUUGCAAAAGAUGAAGCCGAAAAGCUUAAAGCUGCCCUCGAAGCCGUCGGUGGAGUCGUGGAAAUGGAUUGAGACUGAGUUGUAUUGUGGUGUUGGAUUGUUAAACCAGAAUGUUGUUUUUUUGUAAUUAAUCUGUACACUGUGGUGUGGUUGUACCAGAGUAUCUUACUUUCCCAUGGUUCUGUUAGCUUUGAAAUGUUUGAUAACGUGGUUGACUUUUAGUGUUACGACGAAGCUGCUGCAUAUCAGAAAGUUCCAACCACAUUGCUCGAUCCGUUUUCGUUAGCUUGAAUAAGAAUCCUUUCAUGGUA